AUGCUAUUUACAGAAGAUAAUGAACCAGAUAACAACAUAAUCAUUGCACCGAAACAUGAUAUCAAAGAGGGACCUGUAAUCAUACCGUAUGGAGAUACCUGGAACGUAUCUUGUAAAUCUUUUCGGCCAGUCAUUUGGGUACCAUACGAUCCUUGGUAUGAAUGGAAUCCUUCUGGCGUAAAUUGCACUGAGUUUGAUGCCAACAACACAGACCGAAUGUACAGCGCUCUGUUGACGAUUGAGAAUGCAUCAGCUGGGCAAGUUGGGCGAUACUAUUGUGUAUACAAGGAAUCAAGUUUCCACCGCUAAGAUCACCAGAAUUAUAGUAUUGGUAAUAAUCAAUCUCAAAGUGGUUUUGGUCAACGUACAGAGCUUCUGAAUCAAAUGAUGAAUGGAGUUCAGGUUCCUAGCGUGUACGUGUACGUGCACGAUAUUCAGCAACCAAUAGUGCCUAUUUCUGAAACGUUUACUGUUAGUAGAUAUGAAACCUUCGUGGUUCCCUGCAAACCAUCAUACCCGUCUGUGGUGUUGGAACUGCGUGAUGAGUUUAACGAGACUUUCCAAAACGAAUGUGAUCCAAAUAAGGGAUUCACGGUCGAUCCUCCAAAUUUGGACGUAGAUGUGAUGAAAUUCAAUUGCAGUUUCGGUUCAUUCAGUCAAGAGCUGGUUUUUCGAUUUGAUACAAUCAAAAAGAAGCAGACCACUCAAAUACCGAAAGAAAUCAUUAUAUUGUCACCGAUUGUUCUUUGUGGUUGCUGUAUAGUGUUUCUGGUUGCGCUUCUGUACCAGAAGAAACGGAAAGAUGUGAGAGAUUUGGAGGCAAGAGAAUGGGAAAUGUUACUCAAAGGUGAUCCGAAUAACUAUAGCCCGCAAAUGACACCGAAAGAACAAGUCGAACGUCUGUUCUAUGCGAUUGAAUACGAAUUUGCCAAGGAAAAGCUGGUGCUUCAGGAGCGACUUGGAGAAGGAGCAUUUGGAGUUGUGUGGAAGGGAACGGCAGAUGGUAUUUCUGUGAACGAAUCGAAAACUACCGUUGCUGUGAAAAUGGUGAAAAAGAAACACAACAAGGAGGCUAUACGUUCGCUUAUAGCAGAACUCAAAAUAAUGGUGCAUUUAGAACGGCACCUGAACGUAGUCAAUCUACUUGGCGCUGUUACAAACAAUAUAGUUGACGAACGAAAACUCUCCUCGACGGAUUUGAUAUUCUGGGCUUCUCAAAUCGCUGCUGGGAUGGAAUACCUGGCAUCUCGCAAAGUACUACAUGGAGAUUUGGCCGCUAGAAAUGUUCUCCUCUGUGAUAACAAUUCACGAAAAAUGUGCUACGACAACGUAGUGAAGAUAUGCGAUUUCGGUCUUGCACGGCCGAUGUAUAAAUGCGAUAAAUACCAGAAGAAGAACGAGGCACUGUUGCCAUUCAAAUGGCUUGCGCUCGAAUGUAUAAGCGAUCAUGUGUUCAGCACGUUUUCAGAUAUUUGGGCUUAUGGUGUCUUCUUAUGGGAGCUAUUUUCUCUGGCCAAAGCACCGUAUCCAGGAAUGGACGCGAAUGAAGAGCUGUACAACAAGUUAUUGGAAGGCUAUCGUUUAGAAAAGCCACGUUAUGCAAACCAGGACAUUUACGAUAUCAUGCUUCCGUGCUGGAAUGAUACGCCAGAUUCUCGACCAUCGUUUCAAGAGCUGAAGAACCAAUUCAAUUCGAUGUUGCCAGACGACAUUCGAGAUCACUUAUCGAAACUUAACGACCCAUACGUAGCGUUGAAUGCGGAGAAAAUUAAGCGAGGUGUCAAAGACUAUUUGGCUCGUAACACAUUGGAUUUACUGAUAUUGACAAACAAGUUGUGUUCUAUGAACAUUUUUUCAACAAUUCCCACAUCAAUCACAUAA